GUGCUGCCGACUGGGGAUAGAACUCUUGUGUUUCAUUUAUAGAGCAGAGAAAACCGAGAAAAGUUUGGAUUUUUACUUAACUUCUCGAGCCUUCGGUUUUAGUUUGUCUGUGUUUUGUUGUUUGGAUUUACUAAAGCAAAAAUAUAAAAAAAAUUAUCUAAAUGCAGGUAUGUACUCACGAUAGUGAGAAACAUGGCUUCAAUGUUUUCAUAUAGUUCUAUUUGUAUCCCUUUUAUGCUUCAGUGGUGAUAACUGCUUCUACUUCUUCUAACUGUGGUAACUUGGUAUUGAAACCGUGUGAAUUAGUGGCCGUGCAGAACAAAGGACUACCAUACUUCACACUUCCCACCAGCUGCAGUGGUAUGGCCCAAAGCUGCAGUCAAAAUAGUUAUCCAUUGUGUGCACCAGUCAUGGUAAGUUUGCCCAGCCAUUCUCAAGACAAGCCAACUCUUUGCUGCUCACCCCUUCUCAAAGCUCGUCUUCCUCCCUGAGUUUUUUUUUUUUUUUUUUUUUUUUUUAAAUCUCUCCCCCUUUUCCUCUUUCUCCUGCUGGUAUACUGGCGAUCAGGGAUCUAUCGUUCUGCUACUGUUUAUUGGGCCACUGAGGUAUCCCUUUGAGUUGACCCAUGCUGACGUUUUAUUUAGUUUGUUUAUCUUCACUUACUGAUGUUUAGUCGUAUUUUUCUAUAUUAUUUUGCUUGGAUUUUAAAAAUAAUAUUUUUUUUUUUUUAGUUUGAGUGUAUUUAUUUUACUAGUGUUUACCCACAUGUUCGUUUUUUUUUUUCCUUUUGAGAGUGUACACACACACACACACACACACAUAUAUAUAUAUAUAUAUAUACAUAUAUAUAUAUAUAUAUAUAUACAUAUAUUAUAUAUAUACAUAUAUUAUAUAUAUACAUGUAUGUAUGUGUAUACGUAUAUAUACAUUUACAUACAUAUGUCAAUUUAAUUUCUCGACGUGUUAUCUUUUUCUCAUAACUUCUCACAUGUUUCUUCCUUUGCUUGAGGCUUUUAUAGUUGUAUUUACUUUAAUUUAAUUUAAAAACAUUAUCUACCAUUUAAAAAAAAAAAAUGUUACAAAAAUGAUAUUGCUUGUCUCCUCGUGGCAUUUGUUAAAACAGUGGUUCUCAACCUUCCUAAUGCCGCGACCCCGUAAUACAUUUCCUCGUGUUGUGGCGACCCCCAGCCACAACAUUAUGUUCGUUGCUACGUCAUAACUGUAGCGCAUAUGUGUUUCAGAUGGUCUUAGGCGACCCCUGAGAAAGGGUCUUGUAACCCCCAAAGGGGUCGCGACCCACAGGUUGAGGACCGCUGUGUUAAAACAACACAUCAAAGCCAAACAAAACACUACCCUCUACCUAUUUUUAAAAUCAUGCCAAUCCCACUACUCAAUUCUUUUCCUACUUUCCUACUUUCAAAUCAUUGUCUUUCUUGUUUCAACUUUUUGUAUCAUUUAGCUAUCUAUUAUUCUUAGCAAACAAAUAAAAAUAUACCUUUAAUCCCAAUCACUCAACUGGCUCUUCACAACUGCCAGUGAAACAACCCCCCCCCCCCCCCCCCCAAAUAAAUAAAUAAAAAUAAAUCGUCACAUCCCUUAUAGUGUUGCCGUUAUGUCUCAUUUCCAUGUAGGCUAUAUUUCGAUUCCAUCAUCAUAAUUAGAUUCAUACUUACCACGAGAUUUCAAUCAUCGUGAGUAACAACGAUAAAUUAACAGACGCCUUUACAGUAGGCAGGGGAUAACAAAAAAAUCCAUGCCUGUGUUUAAAUCAUGAUGACACAUGCGUUCGCUAUGCCGGAAAUAGGCGUAACCGAACUGUGACUGUAUUUAAACAAGAUUAGCGCCACGUGCUACACACGGUCUGAAAUAUUACUUUCUCUCAUCCAUGUCCAGGCACGUGAACGUUUCUAGGGCUUAAUUUUCUUGAACAAUCUUUUGGUCCUGGCUUAUUUUCUAUUCGCCCAGCUUCGGUGUAGAUGGCAUUGUGAUGUAUGUCGUGCCUUUUCCUCAGAUCACUCUCGGAGAUCAUGCCAUUAUGGACCAGUCAUCUCAAGUCGGUAUCACACAAAACGGGGGCACCACGUCCCCGUCUCACUCGGACGACGGUGUCAGUAAAACCAAUCUGAUCGUCAACUACCUACCACAGACCAUGUCUCAGGACGAGAUCCGCUCAUUGUUCUCCAGCAUUGGGGAGCUGGAGAGUUGUAAACUCAUACGGGACAAGCCAACCGGUAGGUAUAUAAAUAAUGGCUGUCCUCACUUCUCCACCACCACUUCAUCACCACGUCACCACUACACGGAAAACACCGCAACAUUUAGAAGCUUGCUAGCUCGACCUCCUCCCCCCCCCACCACUUUUCCCGUCCAUUAUUUUCAAAUGGGCGUGCAGCUCAAAAGCGGCCGACAUUUCCUUUAAAAGUCCAUCCAUAUGGCACCUAAGUAUGAGUUUAAGGUAAAAACGCCGGGGUAAGGAUUAAGAUUAAGCUGAUUAGUUUGGUUUGAAGGCUAUGAUUACCGAGACCUUUCAUUGUGAUUCAGUUUUUACUAGGAUUAUUAUUCUUUCAAGAGCGAAAUAAAACUUAAAAGAGCAAAACGUGAGGGAGGUUAUUGUUGCCAGGGGGGGGGGGGCAUGUUACAUAUGUAAGGCAUUAAUUAAUUAUAGUACUUGGAAUUGUAUUACAUUUUCGUUCCUUUGUUAAAGAAAUUGGAUUGGAGUGUGUGGUUAGGGGCUGGAAUGAGCCGCUCACAAUUCACGGUGUUACCCAUUUAUGAAGUUGUUGAAACUACCCAAGUGUCGCUCUUGGUCACCCUCUUUAAGCCCCAAAAUAAACUAAAAGGAUUCUUACACAACCAGAGUCAACUAAAGCAGUAUAGUUCUCAAAUGACGAUAAGAAUGAUCAAGCCUAUUAAAAAUGAAAACAAAAAUCAUUAGCAAGGGCACAGCUGAUCCUUCAUUCAUGCAGUAUUGCAUCGCGCAAAAAGUUUUAAACGCAUAUUUUUCUAAUAUGUUCAACAAUCAAUACAUUCCCGAAGUGGAAAUGGACGAACAACACACAUUUGCGCUUCUAAACUAUACAUACGAUAUACAUUCUUAAGUGCUUUCUUGCAACGCAUAUUUCGCCAUUAUCCAGUGAGACUAUUGACCGCCUCGGAUUGUUUUACCGCCAGCUGUUGUACUAGUCGGUAUUUAUUGAUUUUCUUUCCCCUCACUAAUUGCGCCGCUGAGAUUAGGCUAAUUCACUGUUUGAAAAGUAAUUGUGGUGGAAUAAGCAGCGUUAUACACAUUAAUUAUUAGUCUGCUUUAUUGAGACAAACGGUAAAUAAACACAUUGUUUGGCUACUGAACUCUGAGCUAAGCUAGUGAGGGCAUCGGUAUAGCCCACUGCAGUUCGCCAUGUUCCUUUCAAACCGAGUUAGACUUUCCAUAUUGGGAUAUUAAUAAAAAGGGGCCAUUGGGACUCCCUUUGUGUGAGGUACACCAGUCAUCUGUGGGAGGAAAUAGAGAUAAAAAGACUCGGGUGUAGCGUGUGGGGGGGGGUUGUCGGGGGGGGGUGGUCGGGGGGGGGUGUGGGGGAUGUGCACCGGUGGCGUGUGCCAGGCGCGUGCGGGACAUUAUUCUUAUUUGAAAAGGGGCCCGAGGGGAGGGGGUGGGGCGUGUUAGUAACGGGCCAGCUGACACGAAUGGAAGAUUGACGUUGUGCGGCAGCUGUUGGCGUGAGCUUAUUUGCUUCUGUUGCCUAGGCCUAGUGGUGUAGUAGGCCACAUUCAUCCCCGGUGUGCUCUUUGCUUGGGUUGAUGUAAUAUUUUUUUUUUACACAACUCACCAACUGUGCAUUCUGCUUACAUCAACGAGCAUGGGCUGUUUAAUGAAAUUCAGAUUAAGGUUAUCAUGGUUAUCUGCGAACACCCCCCCCCCCCCCCCACCCCCCCCCCCCCCCCGUCAGCCUCCCUCCGCUGAUGUUUUACCCGUAUUUCCAUCCACCGGCCCUAGCCCCGCUUGGGUUUUCUUUGUCUCUGCUGCUGCCAGCCGAGUGAGCACACCCACACAGGUCUGCCUCGAGAAUAAAAUAGAAAACACUGGUAGAAAUCGGUGUAAAAUGUUGAACGUUUGAUUGAACAGGUCUAGCUGCUCGCUUAACCACGUUUAAAAAAAAAAAAAAGAAAGAAACGUUUUUAAAAAAAAGUUUAAGGUCUGCCUCGAGAAUAAAAUAGAAAACACUGGUAGAAAUCGGUGUAAAAUGUUGAACGUUUGAUUGAACAGGUCUAGCUGCUCGCUUAACCACGUUUAAAAAAAAAAAAAGAAAGAAACGUUUUUAAAAAAAAGUUUCAUGGUGAUUAACAAGGUCGUUCUAAGUUUAUAGCUAAAUGAGUUUAAACGCUAGGUUGAUCCUAAAUGUGUUUGGAUUUAAUUAAGCAAUGGGAGGUUAUUGACCAGGAAAAUACCACAAAAUAUCUAUGUCCAGUUAACGUAGUACAUAGUGGGCUUAUGGUUAAUCGUUAAAGUCCUUAAGAUAAUUUCUUAAUGCUGGAUCGAUAGGCUCACUUCCUUCAACGUAUUUCAUCACACUUUCUUGUCAAGUCAUACAGAUCACACUCCUUUUCACCUCAAUCUCUUCUGUACUUUUUUUGUUAAAGUUAAAAAAAAUAAUUAAAUAAUUUAGAGAGAGAGAGAGCGAGAGCAAGAUAGUGUGAGAAAGUGGAUUGAAGAGGUGGAAAAGGAAGGACAGGGAUUAAAAUAAUUUUAAAACUAUUGAGCUAUUUUGGGGAAGGGCACAUGACACUAAAACAUUUACAAUGGAGACCUAAAAGAGGAAUAAAAUGAACUGAAACUGAGCUGGCUAGUUAUUAGUUAACAGGUUUGGAUCUGAUAAGCAGGGUUAGUUAAGUAGUACCAUAUGCCAAAUGCAUAAUGCAUAUGUCAGGUGCAGUGCUGUAUAAAAUAAAUAUCAAGGCAUAUCUUUAUGGGGACACAAGUUCACAUUUGUUGCCAUAGUGUUAAUUCAUCUGCAUAUUCAUCAAUACCAAGUUUUUCAACCCGCUACACAUUAUAGAAUACACAAAGGAAGAUGACAAUAUCGCUACAAUUGAUAGUAGUGGGUAUAAUUUCCACACAGUUUUCAUUUUCCAGUCAUGACUCCUCUAUAUUUUAAAGAAAAGUUUAUAACUUAUAAAUACAGUAUUUUACCCUUUUAUACAAAAAACAUCCCAUGAAUGACCUCUCUCCACCCGCACAGACAUCUUUUUGUCCAUACUAUACUCCUAUCUUAACAGCAAUAAAACGUUUGCCUUUGAAUGAAUCUUUGAUAUUCUCAAUAUUUUUGUUUUAAAAGUUGGAGAUCAAGGAGAAGAAAAUGUACCUGUUAAUUGAAAAAACAUUCAUAGAACUAAAUUAAUUUAUGCUAAUAUGAAUAAUAUAGAAAUUAAAUGAAGCUGUUUCCUGAUGAUAUAUGGGGGGAUUUAUAAAUCAGCCAAAGGGAAAUUAUUUUUAAAGUCAUAUACAUUGAAAGCUGAACAUUACGACUUUCACUUACCCCAUGUUUUUCUGUGUAAAUUUCACCCAACAAUUCAAUAUCUUUAACAUUGACCAGUCAAGCGGAUAAAUAUGAAUGAUCUGAAAAGACGUUCAUAAAGGAAGAAGGAAAAAAUAUUUUUCCCAUUGGAUUGCAUUUGAUAAUUGUUAGUUCUUUAUUUUUUAUUUUUUUAGUAUACAGACAGCAUGAGUUCUGUAGAGAUUAAAUACCUGUUCAUAUUCUUGAUUACAAAUAAUAUGAUCUGCUCAGUUUAUAUUUAAAAUAUAUAAGCAAAGCUUUGUUUUCUAAAAAUGUUUACUGAAUGGAUAGUAUUAGCUUUAAAGGAUUUUAUAAAUAGAUGGUGCUUUUUGUGGCAGUGACUCUACACAUGCAUGGAGUUAUUUUAUAUGGCCGAUAGAGGAUUGAAUAUAGCCUACUUGUACAGGUGCCGACAACUGAAUACAUCUACAUGAUUUAGUCAUUAUGAAAGAAAGAUCAUUAUUUGGUUGUUUUUUUUGUAAAGGAAAUAUAAAGGAAAAUAAAAAACCAGAUUAUAUCUCUUAUCUUUUCUUUAAAAUAUUACCAUCUGUUGUGAGAAAAUAACAUAAAAGGUAUAUAUUUUUGUAAAUUAAUGCAGUCUUAAUUGAAAGUAAGCUUAUAACAUUUUAAAUAUAAGCAGGGUAGCCUAGCCUGUCUUAGAUUAUAGAAAGCUAAGGAUAGAAGCUUCAAAGAAAGCACAUACAUCAAACCCACUCUAAAAAUGGCAUAAAACACCUUAAAAUUACUUCAAUGACAUGAGUAUAGACAUCUUUACAUCAUUCACACCCACCACUGACUCUAGAAUGCUUUCUUAUGUAACAGCAUGUUUACCUGUGAGGAGGAUAUGUUAUUACAGUGAAAGAUUUUGGGAAAGAUUCUGUGUGUGUGUGAAGGUUUUAUAAGCUUAUAAUAAUAUAUAUUCAAUUUUUAAGUGGCAUUAGUGGUUUCCAAACUGAAGGGCAUGCUCCCUGCGGGUUAGGGUGGGGGUUGAAAUUUUUUAUGCCAAUAUAUUUAUCUGUCUGUAUUAUUCUAUGAUAUAGUGUGAGCACAGAUACAAAAAUAUAUGUUUAAAUAGUCAUCAACCUUUUGUGGAAACUAAGAGGUCUAGUAACAAUAUAGUUUGGAAACCACUGAUUUACAUUGAUUUAUGAUUUUUUUGAUGGAUUUGAAAGCUGUGAGAAGAGAGAGUUGGUGUGAAUGAGUUAGCGAUGUAUAUUUACAAUUAGAUGCAGCAACAAAUUUUUUCUGACAACCCAUGUGAACUGAUACAGACCCUCUGACUCCCUCCCCAGGGCAAAGCCUGGGAUAUGGGUUUGUCAACUACAAAAGGCCAGAGGAUGCGGAGAAAGCAAUAAACACACUCAACGGUCUACGGCUACAGAACAAAACAAUUAAGGUAACCCUUUUGUUGACUUUUGUAAUCCUCUAUUUUUAGUAUUUAAUAAAAAUGUAUGUUUUUUUGGUCAUAGAUUUGAAAGAAAUUUUAGUUUUCUUUUAAUUUAUUAUCAUUUCCUUAAAGCUCUGUACCUCCCAUAAGCCUUGAUAUAAUUUCAUUUCCUGUUUGGGGCAGUGGGCUCAUUCUUUAAUAUUAUGAUUUAUUAAACUUAUUUAUUUCUACAAUAUUUAUUAUUGUAAUUAUUGCUAACAAACCUUUAUUUGAGUGUACUGUAUCGGUAUGUUCUAGCUCUAGUCUCUGAUCAUAGAGUCACAUUGUUGUUUCUCAGACCCUCAAAACAGUUGUUACAGGUGCCGUUUAUCAGUAAGAAAUAUUAGUGCUGUGUGUAUCUUAAUGUAGCUGUAGGGUGAUCUUGAGAGAUUUAAGGUAGCAAAGCAGCAAGUCUCCAAGUCCAAAAAUGUCCUUGAGGAAGUUGAAAAAGUCAUGGAUAAUCGAAGAGUGCAUCAGUUUAAGAUUUUAUUUUUCAUGUACAUAUAAUUUUUUAAAAUUAAUUUUACCCCCUCAAUCUCACUCUCAAUUUUGUUUCUGAGUUAAACAGUUGAGUUUGUUUGGUUUGUACUGUGUAUAUUUUAUACUUGUUUUGUCUUUAUACUUUCAGGUUUCCAACUGUAUUACAAUUUGGUUGCAUUUCACACUUUCCUUUUACUUAAUUUAUAUGAUUUUUUCAGUAAACCCUGAGAGACAAGCCCUUGGCAAAAAACUUGUUCCACCACACUUUCAGUUUAUGUUUUAUAACCUCUGUGAUAUUAUUUCACAUUCAACAGGUGGCACCAGAUUUUUACCCCCAAAAACAGCAACAAAAAAACCAAAUACAAAUAAAGUUUUUAAAAUGAAAUCUGCUUAACUGAUCUAAAAAUGGAAUUUAUUAUACUGUUUUAAGUUGCUAAUUCUUUUGUAGGAUUUUUGGAUUCCAGAACUCUAAGGUUUAUUUUAUUAUAAGGAGAGUAAAAUUUAAAAAUAAAUUAAUACAUUAAACAAAUAAUUAUGUAUUUGCUUGUCGAAUUUAAAUUAAUGGAUGGACAGGAAGAAACUAGCAGGAAAUCUAAAUGAAGACUUUUAUCAAAUGAUAACUUUCAUAAAUUUGGAUCUAAUGUUUUCCCUAGUCAGAUAGAACAGUUCACUUUGGGAAUAUCCCAGUCCAUGGUGCCACCAGUUUACUGGUUUCUUCAUUUGCGUUAUGGUCCUUUGAGUUUGUUUUGUUUUGCAUUUUUUAAAAGUCUCUGUUGAUUUUCAGGUAUCUCUUGCACGCCCCAGCUCUGAGAGUAUUAAAGGAGCUAACUUAUAUAUUAGUGGCUUGCCUAAAUCUAUGACACAGUUGGACUUGGAGGCACUGUUCUCUCAGAUCGGAAAUAUCAUUACAUCAAGAAUACUUUAUGACCAAACCACAGGUACUACCUCCGUUAUAGAAGCACACUCGGCCACGAUGUGGUGCAUCAGUGUUUGUUCCUCGGAUAUUUGCUAUGGAAAAACCUCAAAUUUCUGACAUUCAAUGAGGCAAAUGGUGUGGGCCUGAGAAGCAAGCUUGCGUGAUGUUUCCCUCCUUUUAAUGUAGCCAAGUUUGGUCACUGUUUAAUGCCCCCAUCCAAUACAUCUAGCCACAUAGCUCCACCAUGUAAACAGUGCAUGCAAAAUUAACCUAUUUAGGAUUGAAGGUUUCCUUCAUUUUUAUUUUCCACCCUGUCUUGGCAAAAUCUUCUAUUAUUCUUUUAUUUUUAGUUAUCAGCCUCAUUUGGUUAACAAUUUUCUCAGUUUUUUUUUCCUUAAUAAUUUUAUUUCCAUAUUUUGGACCCUUGUGUUCAUGCAGGCUUCUUUGUACUAAUACCCCUUUCAUUUGGCUGAUUGAAUCUCAUUGUCAUGGGAUCUGAAAAUCUGAGGAAGAGAUCCUGGUGCAUCAUUUGCCCCUAGAGGGCAGCUAUUGUCCCCCCAGCCACCCAGAGGGAAUAAACAUGAAUUUAACUAAUUUUUCUAGGUAUCAUAUGCAAGGCCCAGUAGUGAAACUAUAAAAGGUGCUAACUUGUAUGUAAGUGGGCUGCCAAAGUCAAUGGCCCAGCAGGAUUUGGAGAAGUUGUUCUCUCACUGCGGGAAGAUAAUAACGUCGCGAAUUCUUUAUGAUACAAACACAGGUCAGGUGUUCUUCAGCGUCUACUUGUUUCCGUUACAUAGUCUCUUUGGUUCAAUUUUCAUUUCAAUUCUUUCAUUUACCAUUUGUUUGUGCAUGAUGGUCCAUAUUUCUAGUUGUUUUAAGCUCAGUUUUUGCUCCUGUAUUUAUUUACUUUCUAUUUUCCUAUGUAUGCUUUGUUUUGUUUUUUUUCUUCACUAUACUUGUUCCACCUCUCUUUUUAGUUUUCAUUUAUUCACCAAAACAGAAAGACCUGGGUCUUUGUUUACAUUAGCUUAAUAAUGAGUUGAGGAGUAAAUUGAAGUUGUAUUUGUUUGACUAAAAACGUUAAGUUGUUUCUCUCUUUUAUUUUAAGGCUGUAAAGAUUAUGGGCCAUAUACAACCUUAAUUAAGCAAUCAUUGCUGACUAUUGUGUGAUAAAAGUAAUGUCAUUUACUGCACACACAAAAUUUGGUACAAUAUAUUUGUUAGAGGUACAUUUUAAAAAAAAGAAAAAAAAAGACAGACAUUGAUCAGCAGUUGGCCUUAACAUCUGAUUGUAGGCUUUAAAAAAUAACACAAUUAUAAAAAUAACAGUAGAGGGCCCAAGACUGAAUAUUUGUGUUAGUUCUGUUAGUUAUCUAGAUUUGUUGAGAUACAUUUUUGAAACAACUGGGCUAAAUUAAAAUUGUUACUUGUUGUGAAAGUGUUUAUUCUCUUUAGGCAAAUGACAUUUUGGUUUUUAUUUUAUUUUUCAUUUGAAAAAAAAAAAAACACUUUUCAUUAACUUGUUUGAAUUGUUUCCUAAAUUUUUUUAUUUUAGAGCUUGAUAUUGUCAAUAUUGUGUUGUGGACCAUUCAAGUGCUUUUUACACUUUCUUGAAAACCAGUUUGUUUGAUUUUAUGUCUUUGUUAUAUUUUGUUUUCAUUUCUUGGAGUUAUUGACAAGAAAACCUGUGGCAUUUUCAUUAUGUACAACAAAAAAAGGAAACUGAAUGGGCCUUGUGUUGAUACCUGGACCUUAGAAGACACAUAAUAUAUAUCCAUACACCUCCUUACUUCCUCUAGUUAUAUAUUUUAAUGCAUUCAUUUCUAUCUAUAUAUAUAUAUAUAUAUCUAUUUCUAAGGUAGAUUGUAUUUAAUUUUUUGCUUUGUACAUGAUGGAAAUGCAUGAGACUGCCAUCUGCACAUUUCUUCAAUAUACAUUAAUAUAUUUGUAUAUACAUCUUUAUAUUUAUAAUUUAUAUAGAUAUAUGUUAUCUGAGAUAAGUAUUUGUUUUUUUACAUCUCAUCUAGUAUUAACACCCACCCCCCUCAAAAAAAAAAAGACAAAAGAUUUAAGCUAUAUAAAAAUCAUGAAUGCUGUUUUGCUAUUUAUGAAUGAUUAUAAUUACAAAGGCUACUUUAAAUAUAAAAUUAAUUUAACACCAUCUUGGUCACAGACUACUUCUCAGACAUUUCUUGAUUACGUUAAGAGGUUGUCUCAACAUGAUUAAUUUAUAACCAAAAUCAUUCAAACAUGUCACCUUGCCUGAUUUUGACAUAGUGGACAGUCAACUCCAAUGCCCCUCACAACUUGCCAACUAAUGUCUUACAGGCUUGUCCAAAGGGGUUGGUUUCAUCCGUUUUGACCAGCGGUGUGAAGCUGAACGUGCCAUUCAGAAGUUAAACAACCACAUUCCCGAAGGAUGCUUGGACCCUAUCACAGUCAAAUUUGCUAACUCCCCCAGCUCUAACAAAAAUUUGGCAGGCAUGGCACCCUUAGCCCUUGCUACAUAUUUGUCGCCUACUCAUCGUCGGUUCUUUGGGCCCAUACAUCAUGCUACUGCGUCAAGUAGAUUUAGGUGAGUUAAUUUACAUUAACCUUGAUAAUUUGUUUUAUCUAAGUUGCUUAACACAUACACAUUUUUUUUCAAAAUUCACAUGCUGUAUUAUUUAAGUUAUGGUGCCCUACAUUAUGUGUGCUCUUAAUCAAAAUUUCACUAUUUAUGUACAUUAUGGGUAUAAAUAUUCACUCAUUUUUAUUGAUGAAGAGCGCCAUUUAGACUAUAUCUAUAUUAUGCUCCAAACAUUUAGCUCUGUAGCAGUCUUUUAACUAGAACAUGAAUGGAGCUAAAUUUAAAUUCAAACCCAACUAACACAAAUAAAUACACACAUUGCCACUAUGAAAUUAGGAGAAUGUUAGUAAAAAUUCUGUAAAAAUCCAAAUCUCAGAAUUUUUUUUUUCUUUCCACCAGGUAUUCUCCUCUUGAGUCUGGUUUGCUGCAAAACACCAUUUUACCCACAACCCUCACCACGGCAGCUUCAGCGGCAGCGGCAGCAGCAGCAGCAUCCAACAGCAACUCCUCAACCACAGCGCUAAAUGCCACAGGCUGGUGCAUCUUCGUCUACAACUUGGCCCCCGACACCGAGGACAGCGUCUUGUGGCAGCUCUUCGGACCGUUCGGAGCCGUGCAGAGUGUCAAAGUCAUUCGGGAUUUUACCACUCAGAAGUGCAAAGGAUUCGGUUUUGUCACAAUGACCAACUACGAGGAAGCUUUGAUUGCAAUACAGAAUCUCAAUGGAUUUACCCUGGGCAAUCGUGUUCUACAAGUGUCAUUUAAAGCCAAUGGGCGUAAACCAUGACUUUAGAUCAGUAUCUUUGCUCAUUGGUCCAACACAAGUAAGCAUCACAGAAAAUACUGACAUUCUGCUUUACAGCAAUAUAUAUCAUACAAAUGUGUGUGUGUGUUAUACAUACACAUAUUUUAAAAGCUAAAAAAAACAUAAAAAAUAACUAUGAACAAAUAUCACAAAAUAAGUACUAUCGUAACAAAAUAUAAUUUUGCACAAAAUCUGUCAGCUAUACGAAUGUAUUCACUGUAAAAGCCUGCUAUCACAAAAUCUAUUUGCUCAGGACUCAAAUUAAGGAAAUUGAAAAGUGAUAUCUGAAAGUUAUAUGUUUUAUAUUAGGUUGAAUUGAAAAACUAUUGUUGAUGUAAUAUUCUCUUCGGAGAAAUGCUCUUUGAAAAAUAUUUUAAAAAGUAAGUAAAUUUCUGUAUAAGCUUUGUAAAAAAAAAAAAAAAAAUGUGGAGAAAUCUGCUAACGACGUUAAAAUUGCUGGGUGAUAUUUUUUACAAGUCACAGUUUAUUGGGCUGAUUGUAAAUUUGUAAAAUUGAUCAUAUUGUGAGGACAUACUUUUAAAACUUAAUUUAUAAUCUUCAGUAAUAUUUUAACUCUUUUUUUUUUUUUUUUUUUUUGUGUGUCUUUUUCUUUCUUUUAAAAUAUUAGUUUUAAAGCAGCAUCUACAAGAUAUUUGUGCAUAAUAAUAAUAAUUAUUUUAAUUUACCGUUUCAAAUCUGUAUAAUUUGAGUUGGACUUUAAUUCAAUGGUUGAUUUUAUUCAUAAUUUUUUUUCGGUCUUCAUACCUUUGUAGCAUUUUCCACAUGUAGUACAACAAACUGGAAAGCGAUAACUGCAUAAUAUUUGUCAUGUAUGGAUGUAUGUGAAUUUCUGUGCUUCAGGUGCACGUAGAAGCUCAAUUCUCUACUCAAUGUUUAUAAUGGACCUUUAUUUGGAUUUGAUUGCUUUUGGUUACUUUGUUGUUGGCUUUUAUUUUCUCUGCUUUUUUUUCUCUCUCUCUCACUCUCUCUGGCUCUCAAGAGGGAACAAUUUUGUUCUAUGAUUUCAUCUAUUAAACAUUUUUUCUUGUGUUCAUCUCCUGAGUUGUGUUUUUGUUGUGGCAUGAAUCUUAUGAUUUUUUUAUUUAAAAAAGAAAUUUGACCAAACCCCCCCUAAUUGACCCAGAACUUGCUCCCUUGACUGGACUUGUAUAGACAAGAUUUCUUGCAAGCAGUCAAGUAUGAAAUGAGUGGCAGCCCUCGCCCCCUCUCAUUGAGACCACAGACAUAAUAUAGCAUGAAUGUGAUAAAAAGACGUGCCACAAACACAUUACUUUUUAAAUCUAACCAAAUUAAUUAGUUUUGAUUUUUUUUUUUCAUACUAAUUUGUGUCUAACUCAAGUCAUUUUUGUUUUGUCUGCUUUUGUCCUAUUAACACUAUUUGUUGGAGUUGGACUCGCACUAAUUUCUAUCCACUAAACUCGGUAACCUGAAACUCUAUUAUUGAAUUAUUGGUAUCUAAUAAUUUUGCUAACAGCUUUGAAAACUGUUGCAUGGAUUUCUGCUUACAAUAUUAGUUCAUAAAACUACAAAUUUUUUCUUACCUAUCCGGUUUGAUCGGAUUUGUUACAAGAUUUGUGAGGAAUUGCUGAAUUCUAUUAGCAAAUAAUUGAGAUCUUCCAAUAACACAAUUUGCUGAUGAAUUUUUGAUGUUGUUGACAAUUUUUUUAUUCAUUCUCUCACAUUUCUUUAAAAAAUUCAUCCAGUUUUUUUUUGUGUGUGCAAUGGUCACAAAAGUUUACACUCCAAUUUAUGGCUUUUUAACAUUGGAUUGUUUAUGCUAAUAUAUAGGGCAUACUUCCUGUAAAACCUAAAUCAGUUUCAUUCUGUUAGGAAGAGAGAGAACACACACAAAAUUAGGAAGCUCAUGAAAAAUCAAUUCAGCAUCAUUCUUUGAAAUGUAUUUUUUUAAAAAGAAAGAAAAAUCAGUCUAAAUCUACUAAAAGAAUAAUUUUAAGAAGGAAGUGGUCUGAAUGGCAAAUCUCUCUAUAACUGACACCACCAC